AUGACAGACUUGGACGCGACCAAAAUUUCGAUCAUAUCGGUUAAGAAGGCAAACCCCAAAUUGUUAGCGGAAGUUGGGGACGAAGCGAACGAGCUUCCCGUAACCGUGAAGGAAAAGCGAGCGCAUGAAAAGCGAUGUAACUUCUGUUGCAUGUCCAUCGGAUUACUCUUUUCAGCCUUUAUGGUUGUCAUGGUGGCGAGCAUUGGCACUGGUAUGGCUGUUUACACAGAGAAGCGCGCUCGCUACACCGUUAACGGAGUUAUGCGUCAGGUCGGUUGGAUUUCUCUGCCGGGCCUUCUCGUUGGCACCACCCUUCACUACUUCCUUUCUGAAGCGAUGUGGAGCGGGCGACGGAAUAGUUGGGGUCAGGCGUGGAUGAAGGCCUUUGCCACAAACACUGCCAUUUGGUCGGUCGCCAUUGGCACAGGGACUUUACUGUGGCGCAAAGGUUUACUCAUAAACGCCGCCGGCCGGCGGUUGUAUUAUCGUUAUCCAAUUCCUUCUGACCCACUGGAGUAUCGCUUGGUGCGCAGUGAAGCGCAGUUUUUUACUGGUAUGGGAUGGUCCUAUUGGUUGAGUGGUGUGGUGAGCGGACAAGUUGGACUCGUAAGUUGUGUGGGAUUUUGUGUCUGGAACGAUCGGCCAUACUUUAUGAUGAACCCGCAUGGAGGGUACGCUCGGAGGUGCAUGCCCAACUGGCGCAGGGAACAACUUGCUCGCCAGGCAAAUGUCUCACUUUCAGAGUAA